AUGGCUUCAUUAAUGCGCAUGAAGGCCGCAACAGGCCUCUCCGGCCUAUCACGCGUCGCCAUCUCCCGCGUCAGCCUCGCACACAGCGCCAUCCUCUGCCAGCGCGAUCCCCAACGACGACUCUUCAGCAACUCCAGCAUCUUCAAUGGCUCGUAUAUCGUCUCCGUGCCGCCCAUGGCAGAGUCCAUCACCGAGGGAACAUUAUCCAGCUUGUCCAAGAAGAUUGGCGAGGCGGUUGAGCAGGAUGAGGAGAUUGCUAGUAUUGAGACGGACAAGAUUGAUGUUCUUGUUAAUGCUAGCGAGCCUGGUGCUAUCGCUGAGUACUUUGCUGAGGAGGGCGAUACUGUUGUUGUCGGACAGGAUCUUGCGCGUAUCGUGACGGGUGAGGACGCUGGGUCUGUCAAGAAGAGCGAGGGCGAGGAGUCAAAACCUAGGGAGGAGCCUAAGAAGGAAGAGUCAAAGCCUGCUGAGCAGCCCAAGGCCGAGGAGAAGCAAGCUGCUCCUGCUGAAGCUCCCAAGCCCUCAAAGCCUGCUGAGUCGAAGCCCGCGCCCAAGGAGUCUAAGCCCAGCCCUCCUGUUCAAGGUUCAUCAAGCGGCCCCUCCCGUGGAGAGCGAGUCGAGAAAAUGACACGCAUGCGCAAGACCAUCGCCGCGCGCCUCAAGCAAUCCCAAAACACAUGCGCCUCUCUAACAACCAUCCAAGAAGUCGACAUGACCAACAUCAUCGCCUGGCGCGCCAAGUACAAGGAAGAAGUCGCUGAAGAGCACGGCGUUCGUCUCGGUUAUAUGGGCGCUUUCACAAAAGCUACUACACUCGCUGCGCAAAAGGUUCCCCAGAUCAAUGCUAUGAUCGACACUGAGAAGGAGAUCAUCACGUAUCGCGAUUAUGUUGAUGUGAGCAUUGCUGUCUCGGCGCCUAAGGGCUUGGUUACGCCUGUGUUGAGAAAUACACAUGAGCUGAGCAUUGUUGAGUUGGAGAGGGAGGUUGCUUCUGCUGCUAAGAAGGCUCGUGAUGGCAAGCUUACUAUGGAGGACAUGGAGGGCGGAAGCUUCUCCAUCAGCAACCCCGGUAUCUUCGGUUCCAUGUUUGGAACUCCUGUUAUCAACUACCCCCAGGCCGCUGUGUUCAACAUGAACGGUAUCCGCCAAGAAGUCGUCGCCAUCAAGGGCGAGGCCGUCAUCCGACCUAUGAUGUACAUCAGCUUGACCUACGACCACCGUCUCAUUGACGGCAGAGAGGCUGUUACCUUCUUGAACACUGUCAAGAAGUACAUUGAGGAUCCUUCGCGCAUGCUCCUUGUUUAA